AUGCCGCCGCCGAGGCAUUCGGCCAUCCGGCUGCAGGGAGAGCGCGGCGAGGCUGCGCCGCGCCGCUCCCCCCCGCAGCGCAGCGCCUCGGGCGCCCCUGCGCCCACUGCCUUGGCCGGCCGCGCAACGCGAAUGGAAGGGCACGGGCUCGUGCAGCGCACGGAAGAGGAAGCGUCCACGGCGCACCAAACGGGGGCCCAUCGCCCGGAGCUCGUCGCCCGCUUCCGUCUCCCGCCGCGUGCCCAGCUCGCCACGGAGGCACCCCACCGCUCGGUGUCACUCAACCGCUGCUUUCUUCGACCGCCUCUUGGGCCCAAGGCGCUGAACAAACAAAAAUUCCCCGAAUUCCCCUACCCCUUCCCAAAGGCUCCGAGGAAGGCUUCUUGGCAGGCAGAGGGCGUCUAA